UAAAAAUGUAGCCGCAGGUGUAAUUUGGUAGGCACCUAAUGCAUCAUUAAAUAGACAUCUAGAGUGGCAUUCUGAUAAUGUUUUCAAGUUCUUUUCGUGUAAGCCCCUGAAGCUGUAACACUGUUCCUCAAACUGGCCCACUUCUCUUGGCAUUUUUCCUCCUAUAAAACCCCUCCAGUCCCUUGUGCCCUCCUUCCCUAUCCUCAAUCUCUUCAAUACAACCCUUCUCAGAUAUCAUCUUCAAAGUUUGAAACAUGCUUCCAACUGAGAUUACAGGAAUCCGCUAUCUAGCACAGGAAACCCAGAUUCCAACUCCCGUUAGCUAUGAAAUGAUGCAGAGCAACACAAACACACCAGACCUUUAUUUCAAUAGAUUCUUAACCAGCUUACCCAACUUUCACUUCCCUAAUCCUCAAGGCCAUGAGUUUACUCCACAAUACUCCUGCAUAAGCAAUAACUCCAGCACUUCUGAUGAAGCUGAGGAGCAUCAACUCGGCAUCAUCGAUGAAAGGAAGCAGCGAAGAAUGAUUUCUAACAGAGAAUCUGCACGCAGAUCACGGAUGAGGAAACAAAAGCACCUAGAUGAACUCUGGUCACAGGUUGUAAGGCUUCGAACAGAGAACCACCAUCUGAUAGAAAGGUUGAAUCAUGUUACUGAGAACCAUGACGAGGUUCUUCAGGAGAAUACAAGACUCAAGGAAGAGGCUUCUGAUCUUCGCCAAAUGCUCACACACCUGCAAAUUGGCAGUCCUUACCCUACUACGUUAAGAGACUUGGAAGAGAUUAUUCCUUCCAACACUGCUGAUCUCGGAGCUGAAUCCUCCGACCAAUCCAUCUCUAAUCCCGAAGACUUGCUUUAUUAUGAUUAGACACAGGAAUCAAGACUCUUUUUUUCCAUAAUAACUAGUCUAUCUAUGUUCCUCAUGUCUACUAUGGUUGUUCCAAAACAGAGAAUAACAUCUUUGGACCUUCUUUUAUCUUUGCAAGGUUCAAUUCCGUCCCAUUAUAAUCAAAUACUUUAA